UCGUGUAAUUUGUUGUCAUAUAUAUAGAGCCAUUACCACGCACAUAAUCAGCUUAACACAGUCUCAUUUGGAGCCUGACUACUUCCUGGAGGCUCGGCGGACACAGCUCUGGUAUCGUGUAGAAUCAAACGCGCAUGCGCGACACGCAAACCCCGCUCUGCUGUUUGUACCUGCGGCUGUUCGUCAAACGCUCCGAUAGGAUCAUUACAACAACAACAACACACAACCUGCGCUGCUGUGCUCCGACGGCGCUGUCCGCGGAGUGCUGGACAUUUAACUCUCGUGUUUUCGUGUGAAGCUGGGAGGAGUGUGGGCUCGCUGUGAUUUAUUUUGUUAUCUUUAAGUUUCCCUCCCCGGUGGUAAAGGGAGCACGCGGGAGUUGUCUCGCGGAGGUGACAAUGAUUCCAGCUCAGGAACUUUUUGUCUUCGUCACGACCAUGUUACUUCAGGUUUCCCACAGCGACGCAGACCAUCACCUUCCUGCACCAACACAGCUUUCUUACAAAUGGCUCGACGCAUUCAUCGUAAACAUCACCUGGUCCUGGACGAGGCCUGAAGACCUGCCAAAAAACUGUGAAAUCAAAUAUCAUAUACACGAGGUGGAUCACAAAAUAACGGACGCUCAGACAACUCAGAAAUACUACGUAGUUGACCUGAAAGAAAACGGGGAUGUAAAGCUCAACGUUCACACUGAGUGCGAGAGUUGGAGUCAAAGCAGAAAAGCACACGUAACCAUUUCAAGACUAAAGCCAAGUGCUAAGCUUGUGAGGGAUUUCAAGUGUUUUCAAAAAUCUGAUGGACUAAACUGUUCCUGGACACCAGUUAAUCCGUCAUCAGAACCAAAGGUCUCCUAUAGGCAUGGUGGGCAAACUGAGGAAGACAUCAAAGGUUUACGGACGUGCAGUCCAUCCUGCAGGAUCAAUGAGAGGUGUAACUGUUUCAUGAAAGUCGACACGUCUCGGUCAAUCUAUCUGGUUGCAGAGACAGACACUGCAGAGGAAAUCAUUGCUCCUAUUUACAUGACACCUCUGACAGAAAUGAGCAUUCGGGAAGAUGGAGACUAUCUCAAGUUGACAUGGACGCUUCCUGAUGUUGGACAGGAAUGUGACUGGCAAUACCACCUCCACUACAAAGCAUGUGCUGUAAAUAAAUAUCUGACAUCUGUUGAUCAUAAAAGCAGCAGGGGGGUGGUCAUUCCUUAUGAUAAAUGCUGUAAGUACGAGUUCCAGUAUAAUAUGACGACCCAUCACCACUGCUCAAGUGUGACCAGCAAGAACAGUCCUCUAAUAUCUUACGGUGAAGCAAAGCCUUGUGUCAGAGUGUCUACUGUGGUGGCCAUCAUCAUCCCCAUUCUUCUCUUUCUCUGCAUCACGCUGUCCUGCUACUGCUUCCACAGGAACAGCAGCAUAUUCUGUCAGAACUGGCAAGACCCUUCGGAAUUUAAGGACGUGCUGGGCCGAUUAAUUAACCAGAAGGACAUGGUGUACACGCCGGAUGUGGAGCAGACGCAGACUCCCACUGUUGAACUGCUUAAAAAUGAUGAGCCACGUUAGCGAUCAGGACCUGCUCACACAAAUUUCUGCAAGGCAGCUAGACUUGGACUUUGAGAUUCUUACAGAGAAACUUCACUCCGUCUCAUAGACCCAUCUGUGGACCUGUGGGACACCAGUGCUGUACACUUUGACCAAUAAAUGUCAGCAAAAAGCGAGUUUUUUUACCAGCUGCUAACACUGUGCAAACGUCUGAAGCCAGACCCUCGUUUUGUAUGAAUCACACGCAGAUAUGGCAACCAUUCAGAAGGCAGCAGGCGAUCCUCUGGCUGUACGAGCUGCUGACCUCCACCCAUGUUUUAGCCUCCACACAGGCUGAUGGCAUUAACUCUGCUUUUUAUCAUGGUUUCCUACCCUGAACCACAACCUGGAGUCGUUGCCUCAGCUGAGACACUCAGUUUGUGUCUGGAUGCUUGCCAACUCUGAUGACCUCUGCAAUUUUUCAUACGUUUAUGAAAACAAGGAUUUUAUUACGAAUUUUAUUGAAAACACAAGUUGUGUUACGACACCUUUUCGAACCGUGUAUGAACUUUUUGAAAGGAAAAUGGGGACGAGAGCCGUGUAAAUGUCUGAAAAUACAUUAAAGGUUUACAAAGCUG